AUGCUGAUCUAUCUAUCUAUCUAUCUAUCUAUCUAUCUAUCUAUCUAUCUAUCUAUUAUUAUCCACGAACAGGCUGUUUUUCUAAUUUGGGAUAUAUUAUUCUAUUUUAAAUUUCGUUGUCAUUUUCAUUUCGUUUCAUUUUUCAUCAUUAUCUUUUUCUCUUCCUUUCUUUCUCAAUGUUCUUUGUUUGUUUGUUUGUUUCUUUCUUUCUUUCUGUUUCUCCUCCAUUUCUUUAUUUCUUUUUUCUCUCAUUGUUUGUUUCUCCUCCAUUUGUUUGUUUGCUUCUUUCUUUCUUUCUUUCUUUCUUUCUUUCUUUCUUUUCUUUCUUCAUUUUUCUUUUUUUUUUUUUGUUUAUUCCUUCAUUUGUCUUUUUUUUUUUUUUGUUUAUUUCUUUUUUCUUUUCUUUCUUUUCUUCAUUUUCUUUUUGUUUUUUGUUUAUUUGUUUGCUUUUUUUCUUUCUUUCUUUCUCCUUCAUUUGUCUUUUUUGUUUUUUGUUUAUUUGUUUGCUUCUUUCUUUCUUUCUUUCUUUCUUUCUUUCUUUCUUUCUUUCUUUCUUUCUUUCUCCUUCAUUUGUCUUUUUUGUUUUUGUUUAUUUGUUUGCUUCUUUCUUUCUUUCUUUCUUUCUUUCUUUCUUUCUUUCUUUCAUUUGUUUUUCCUUCAUUUUGUUUUUUUUUUUUUUGUUUAUUUGUUUGCUUUUCUUUCUUUCUUUUCUUUCAUUUGUCUUUUUUUUUUUUUUUCUUUCUUUCUUUCUUUCUUUCUUUCUUUCUUUUUUUCUUUCUUUUUUUCUUUCUUUUCUUCAUUUGUUUUUUGUUUUUGUUUAUUUGUUUGCUUCUUUCUUUCUUUCUUUCUUUCUUUCUUUCUUUCUUUCUUUCUCAGAUCCUAAAGAAUUUCUUUCUUUCUUUCUUUCUUUCUUUCUUUCUUUCUUUCUCAGGGAUUUUCUUUCUCCUCUUUUCCAUCUCCUUUCUUUCUUUUUUCUUUCAUUUUGUGUGUCUCCUUUCUUUCUUUCUUUCUUUCUUUCUUUCUUUCUUUCUUCUCACCGUUAGCAUUACCACCAACAAAUAUUGGCACCAUCAUAAUGACUGUCACCAUUCCCCCCCUCUUUUCUUAUCUCACCCCAUCCCUACCACCAACACCACUAAUACCAUCAUUCUCGCUGUGUCCUAUCAGGUGAUGAUAGCUGGGGAGAGAAGAGACAGAUUUAUCUAUCUAUCUAUCUAUCUAUCUAUCUAUCUAUCUAUCUAUCUGUGUGUUUGUCUACAUUAUCUAUCUAUCUAUGUGUUUGUCUACAAUAUCUAUCUAUCUAUCUAUCUAUCUAUCUAUCUAUCUAUCUAUCUAUCUAUCUAUCUAUGUGUUUGUUUGCAUUAUCUAUCUAUCUAUCUAUCUAUCUAUCUAUCUAUCUAUCUAUCUAUCUAUCUAUGUGUUUGUUUGCAUUAUCUAUCUAUCUAUCUAUCUAUCUAUCUAGCGUGGAAUUUAAACAUUUAUAUUUAUACCUGUAUUCCUGCCUAUCUAUCUAUCUAUCUAUCUAUCUAUCUAUCUAUCUAUCUAUCUAUCUAUCUAUGUGUUUGUCUACAUUAUCUAUCUAUCUGUGUGUUUGUCUACAUUAUCUAUCUAUCUAUCUAUCUAUCUAUCUAUCUAUCUAUCUAUCUAUCUAUCUAUGUGUUUGUCUACAAUAUCUAUCUAUCUAUCUAUCUAUCUAUCUAUCUAUCUAUCUAUCUAUCUAUGUGUUUGUCUACAAUAUCUAUCUAUCUAUCUAUCUAUCUAUCUAUCUAUCUAUCUGUGUGUUUGUCUACAUUAUCUAUCUAUCUAUCUGAUGUGUUUGUCUACAUUAUCUAUCUAUCUAUCUAUCUAUCUAUCUAUCUAUCUAUGUUUGCAUUAUCUAUCUAUCUAUCUAUCUAUCUAUCUAUCUAUCUAUCUAUCUAUCUAUCUAUCUAUGUGUUUGUCUACAAUAUCUAUCUAUCUGUGUGUUUGUCUACAUUAUCUAUCUAUCUAUCUAUGUGUUUGUGUACAAUAUCUAUCUAUCUAUCUAUCUAUCUAUCUAUCUAUCUAUCUAUCUAUCUAUCUAUCUAUCUAUGUGUUUGUCUACAAUAUCUAUCUAUCUAUCUAUCUAUCUAUCUAUCUGUGUUUGUCUACAAUAUCUAUCUAUCUAUCUAUCUGUGUGUUUGUCUACAUUAUCUAUCUAUCUAUGUGUUUGUGUACAAUAUCUAUCUAUCUAUCUAUCUAUCUAUCUAUCUAUCUAUCUAUCUAUCUAUCUAUGUGUUUGUCUACAAUAUCUAUCUAUCUAUCUAUCUAUCUAUCUAUCUAUCUAUGUGUUUGCAUUAUCUAUCUAUCUAUCUAUCUAUCUAUCUAUCUAUCUAUCUAUCUAUGUAUGUGUUUGCAUUAUCUAUCUAUCUAUCUAUCUAUCUAUCUAUCUAUCUAUCUAUCUAUCUCAGUUUGUUCCUAUGA